UGGUCCAUGGGGCAUCCAUUGGGCAGACGCUCUCUGGCUGCUCUGGAUAGUUGAUAAUAUACACAUGGAGUAGUAAAUACAUGGAGAAUGAGAUCUCAGUGAGUUCCUUGAAUACCUCCAGUGCACUUCCAUAGGGAUCACUCACGAUGAUGCACUACAACUCGUGGAUUCCCUUCCCGAACCCCCUGGACAACCACCGCAUGUACACCCAGUACAUCGAGGCGUCCUACCGUGCGCGUCUGAACAACCCCGAGGAUGACAGCGAGCAGACGGGCGACGAGACCCACGACACGCUGACCUCGGCCACGUCGGGCGACCGCAGCCCAAGCGCCGACAUAUUCCGCCUGGAGUUCGCGGCGACCCAGUGGUCGAAGCUCGUCUCCAACGCCGAGGGCCUCUUCAGCAAGCUCGUCGCCUCCGACAUUCUCCCCCACAACGAGCAAGACCAAAUAAAGCAGUGGCUGUGCCUGAAGCAGGAGUACGAGGAGUGCAUAACGAGCGACGACGCAGCAAGCAUUCCAGGCUACCCGGAGAACGCCCGCAGAUCCCUAGAGCGAAUCGAAGAGGUGACGGAGACAGACGAGAGGACCGACGAGUCGGAAGCGCGGAUGGAGUUCCAAAACACAUCGGAGGGCAGCACCGAGAGCGACACGGAGAUGUCGGAGGACGACGACCAGAGCGACGGUGACUCGGACAAUCCGGACUUCUUGGAGAAGCUCGACGAGUGCAUGAACAAACUCAAGAUGGAGACGGACAGACUGAUAGACGCCAUCGACGACGGCUUCCAGGAGAAGGGCCUAACGAUAAUCUCCGGAAAUGCUCAUCCUGUCAACAACAACAAUGACUACGUGCCGCUGAUCAAGCCGACGCCGAUCAGGAACGCCAACUCCAGGCGGAACUCGAUGCUGCCAGGAUCGGAAAUGUGCAACGAAGUGAUAGCUUUCAACGGGGCGUUCAAGCCCUGCGGCAAAACCUACGAGGAGGAUUUGGACAAUGGGCGAGGGUUCAGGGGUGUUAACGACAACCAGGAGGCCUUCGACAACUCCCAGGAUCUGCUGUUGGAGCCGCUGAAGAGCUACGAAAUGCCCGAGCCGAUGAAGACCCUGAAGACGUUGACCUUGAACAACGAAGCUAAGCAGACGCAGGUGAAGAAGAUCCAGUCGGACUUGGACGGCGCCCAGAAGAGGAUCGGCGAGCUGGAGACGACCAUCAAGAUCAAGGAGAAGUUCAUCGCGGAUAUGAUAAAGAACUCGGAGGCGCGGACGAGUGCCAAGCAGAAGUUCCAGAGGAAGAGGUCGAAGCUUGAGGAGCAGUACUACAACACUAGAACGCAAUUGGCACACGCGGAGAAUUCUCUCUACAGGGACGAGGAGAAGACGACGCACAGGAGGGAGAUUGAGUUGUACAAGAACAUGGCGAUACAUUACGAGCAGAGAUUGCGGGAUAUCGAGAUGAUGAAGCAGAUCGCUGGGGAUUCGGCGAAGAAGGUGUUGGAGCUCGAGAGCUCGUUGAACUCCUCCAAGAAGCAGAUGGAGAAGAUGAAGAAGCAGUUGAGGAAGGAGGAGGUGAGGAAGAAUCAGCUGGAGGAUGAGGUCGCUGAGGACCAGAGGAAGAUUCGUGAGCUGGAGGAGAAGUACAAUCUGACGGCGUCGAAGCUCAAGGAGAUGCAGUCGGAGAGUGAGGACGAGAGGAUGAGCGCCAGGUACAGGAGUGAGGACAAGAAGCAGGACAUGCUGGAAGUCAGGAUCUCGCAUUUGGAUCAUAUACUCAAGGAGAAGUCGAUGGACCUCGAGAGGGCGGACGAUGUGGACUCCAAGGCUGCUCUGAGGAUUGAGAUCGAGAAUUUGAGGAAGACGAAGGAACGACUCUCCGAGGAGAAGUGCAAUCUUGACUCGAAGCUCAAGGAGAAUACUUUGAGCACUUUGGAGGAGAGGAAGAGGCUGGAGUGUGGGGAGGCUAUUGAGGUGGUUGAUGUCAUGAUUGAGCAGAAGAAUGAGAAGAUCUGCGGGAGGAAGUGCUUCGAUGUCAAGAACUGCAAGAGGGAGGAUAUGGAGAUGGUACUUAUGAGGCAGUUGUCCAUGCUGAGUCUGGAUGAGAUUGUUAAGUUGUUUACUAAGUAUUUUAACAAGGUUAUCGAUCUGAAGGAGGCGGGACGGAGUCUCGAGAUGCAGCUUAAUGAUGCUGAGGCGAGGAUUCAGUCGUUGGAUAUCAUAAAUCGGGAGUUGAGUAAUUCUCUCAAGCACUCGAAGGUCGAGGCCGAGAGGAGGAUGAUAUUCUUGAGGGAGCAGCACGAGCAGAAGAUGCAUAUGAUGUUUAGGAGUGUUGCGGAUGAGACUGGGAGCUCCAGCUAUGAGAAACAGGAUAAGGACUCGGAGAUGGUCAAGUACAGGAGGGAGAACAAGUUCUUGAAGAAGAGGGUGCAGGAUCUGGAGACACUGUUCAGGGGAUCGGCGGUUGCUAGGACCACUAGUCCGCCGAGGAUCUCUCAGCAGGAGUUUAAACAGAUAGGUCCAUGUGCUGCAACUACCACUACCAAAGUCACCAGACAGAGGAACAAACUUAUUAUUCAGAAGACAGACUGCGAUAAGAGGAAAAAGUGAAGGCUCUCUGGAAGUCGGUGGAAUGAGGGGGGAGCGUUCUCAAUUUUUUUGAGGGUGAGAAGCUUAAAAAGAUUGUCUCAUUUGCAUUUUUAGAGCUGAAGGGCUGUGUCGCGGUGAUAAAUUGGGGGAAAAUUGACUCGAUUUUUCUUCCAUCCAAAAUUCGAAUUAUAUUUCUUGCUAUGAGACUAAUGGGAGUCGGGGAGGUCAGGUGCAAGCAGUCGCUUAAAAGGAAUUUUUCAGUGACAAAAAAGGGUUUAUUAUGGAUACGAUAAUUUUCCUCCUGGUUCCAUUUGAUACAGAUGAGACCAUGAAUAUUUAUAUAAUGUGUUCUUCCUUCUCGAUGUCUUCAAUCACUUGAUGAAUUUUUAAAAAAUUUCGUGUGAAUUGGUGUUCAAUAAUCAGUAUUCCCUGGUCAAUGCUCAAUAAUUCGGUUUUCGAUUAUCAUUUUUUUAGGUUGAGAAAUUUUUAUCUCACUUCCGGUUUAAAAUGCGUUAUUUAAUGUGAUCUUUUGUAUAUAAAUUUUUUUCAUUGCGUUUACAAAUAAAGAAUUGUGUGAUUUAUGAGUAAA